AUGGGAAUAUUCAGAUCAGAGACGAUGAAGCACGGGACGCUAGUCCUGCCCUCGGACCGGGCCAGGGAGUACCUAGACUGCCUGGGGAAGAACGUGGACAUACAGUUCAUUGACAUGAACGAGAAGACGAUGAAGAGGCAAUACAAAAAAUACAUUCAGAGGAUUGAUGACAUGGAAAGGAUUCUGCGUUUCUUAGAAGAAAAUAUAAAAAAAUUACCAAAUGUAAAAAUAAAAAAAAGUAAAAUCGACUCCUUUUUAGAACACGAUAAUGUAUAUGAAUUGGAUCAAGUGGAAGAAUCAUUAAAUCGUUUGUAUGUUCAAUUUGUUCGUUUUUGUAACAACAACAAGGACCUUGUUGAUGAGAGAAACAAUGCAGUAGAAGAGAAACACGUAAUACUCACUGCUAUAAAUCAGUUGAAUCCAGGUGGGACGAAAAAUGGAAAUAUUGGUAAUAGACUUGCAGAGAGUUCCCUUCCCUACGACGAGGUGAAUGAUGAAAGUGUCUCUUUACAAACGAAUAUGAUGAAGGACGGAAUGAACAUGAUGAUGUUUACAAACAUAUCUGGGGUCAUAAAGACAAAGGACCAGGAAAGUUUCAGUAGGACCAUCUUUAGGGCCUUGAGAGGGAAUACCUACACCUACUUCCAAAGCAUAGACGAGAGUGCAGAUGGUGCGAGAGGGGGAGGAGGGGAUGAGAAUGGAGAUGAGGGAGGAGCGGGAGCAUCUUCCUGCAUGAACAACGCGAAUGAUGAUGAUGAUGUGGUAGAUGGAGGGAAUGAAAUGAACAAUGGUAAAGGAAUGAAAAAUGAACCGAAAAGUGUUUUCGUGGUUUAUUGUCAGGGAUCUUCUCAGAGCAACAUAUAUAAUAAAAUAUUAAAAAUUUGUAAAGCGUAUGAUGUGAAGACAUAUGAUUGGCCAAAAACGUAUGAACAAGGCAGGCAAAGAUUGAAGGAGUUGAAGGAAAUUAUCACUGAUAAGGAAAAGGCAUUGAAGGCAUAUGAAGAAUAUUUUAUAAAUGAAAUUUUCGUUUUGAUUAAUGUUGUUGAGCCGAAUAAAAACAGUCUCAUAGAAGAAUGGAAAUUAUUUUGUAAAAAGGAAAGAUAUAUAUAUAAUAGUUUAAAUUGUUUUGAAGGAAGUGAUAUAACAUUGCGGUGUGAUUGUUGGUUCAGUGCAAAUGAUGAGGAGAAAAUUAGACACAUGUUAAUUACAAAAUCUUCUAACGAUUUAGUGUCCGCGUUAUUGCUGUCAGAUAAGGUCCUCACUCCAAACAUUUCCCCUCCUACAUAUAUUAAAACAAAUAUUUUUACAAAAUCGUAUCAGUCGAUGGUGGAUACGUAUGGCAUUCCUCGUUAUGGUGAAAUAAAUCCUGCCAUUUCUACCAUCAUCACUUUUCCUUUUCUCUUUGGUAUUAUGUAUGGGGAUGUGGGACAUGGAGUUUGUAUUUUCCUGUUUGCCCUUUUCCUAAUCAUGAUUAACGGUCGUGUAAAGAAUAAAAGUCAGAACGAGAUGGUAAGUAUGUUGCUAGAUGGAAGGUAUAUGAUACUGCUAAUGGGUUUUUUUGCCAUUUACGCAGGAUUUUUAUAUAACGAUUUUUUUUCUAUGCCGCUCAAUUUGUUCACUUCCAUGUUUGAAGUUGAUAAGCAAGUGGACUCAGUCCUUUAUUACAAGAGGAAGCAGGUCAUGAAUGAAACGACUGGACAGAUGGAAGAUGCAGAUCCUUAUGUGUUCGGUUUUGAUGCAAAAUGGUUAGGAGCAGAAAAUGAGUUGACUUAUAUAAAUUCUUUUAAAAUGAAAUUUUCCAUCAUUAUCGGGUUUUUACAUAUGACUUUUGGUGUCCUCAUGAAAGGAUUGAAUGCAUUACAUUAUAGAAGGAAAAUGGAUUUCUUUUUUGAAUUUUUACCUCAACUGUUGAUGAUGCUCUCCAUUAUUGGGUACCUGGUGUUUUUAAUUAUUUAUAAAUGGGUGACUCCCAUUGGCUAUGGAGGUUAUCACAAGCAGGGUAUCAUCAACACCAUUAUUAAUAUGUAUUUGUUGAAGGACUUAACGCCGCAGAAUCAGUUUUAUGCUCACCAGGGAUUGGUACAGGCGUUUCUUAUUGCCGUUUUUGUUUUGUGUAUUCCUCUCAUGUUUGUUUGUAAGCCUGCCAUUCGAACGUACCACAUCAUGAAGGAGAAGAAGAAGAAGGGUAAAGGGGGAGCGGGAGGGGGAGAAGCACCAGGUAGUUACUACCCUCACCACGAGGAGAAGGAGAUGACACACACAUUUAACCAUUUGAUGGGCGGCGGAGGCACUUCCUCCUCUCCCUCCUUGCAUAAGAGAAGUCCUAAUAUGGGCUUCCCACAUGGGGGUAACACUAACAACCGUGAAGAUGACUACCUCUCCCCCAGAAGACGCAACAAGCCAACAGACGACGAGAUGGAAGCUCACCUCCUGAGCCCUUCAUCCCCUGAGGACCCCCAUGGCAUGGAAGCCGAGUCCUUUGGCGCAGGUUCUGCGGGAGCGGACCACCAUGAAGAGAACAUAUCUGAAAUAUGGAUCGAGCAGUUAAUUGAAACUAUUGAGUUUAUAUUGGGUCUAAUCAGUAACACAGCUUCGUACCUGCGAUUGUGGGCCUUGUCCCUAGCACACCAGCAGUUGUCCUCCGUCUUUUUCGAGCAAACUAUUCUGAACUCACUCAAGAAGGAUAGCUUCAUGUCAGUACUUAUUAACCUUAUUGUGUUUUCGCAACUCUUCUCCAUCCUUACCAUCGCCGUCAUCCUCUGCAUGGACACACUCGAGUGCUUCCUCCACUCCCUGCGGCUCCAGUGGGUCGAAUUUCAAAACAAGUUUUACAAGGGCGACGGCAUUCCCUUCCGCCCCUUCAACAUUAAGAAAGUGCUCUCGGAUAAUGACUAA